AACACAUGCGGAAGUAAAUACUCAAAACGACGAAGUAGCGACUGAAACGUGGACGCUGCUUGAUUUUAACAAAUAAAAAUCACUCUUGAAUCUUAAAGUCAGUGGGUUUAUCGAGGAUACAAAGCGUUCGCGUCCUUGGCAUUUCGAUAAUAAAAACAGGGUUGUGGGAAAUCCCGUUGUGCGCAUCCUGGCCUGGAAAGACUCGUGCUACGCUAACCUGCGUUAGCGCGGCAGCUAACGGCACUAGCAUCGGGAUCAAUGCGCAGCAGCAGAACCGAAUCGGAAAGUUUCGCCGGUUCUUGCUAUUUUUUUGUUUGAUCUGAUCCACGGCGUCGACCCAGCCAGCCUCAACUGUGGUGGAGGAGGGAACGUUGGAGUGGAUUUAAGAUGAUCAUUGAAAACCUCGAAGCUUUGAAAACAUGGCUGUAUGAAACCCUCGAGCCCAUAUGUGAUGCUGACCCUUCAGCCCUCGCCAAAUAUGUUGUUGCUCUGGUGAAGAAGGACAAAAGUGAGAAGGAACUGAAAGCCCUGUGUAUUGACCAGUUAGAUGUAUUUCUCCAAAAAGAAACCCAGCUGUUUGUGGAUAAGCUGUUCGAAGCCAUCGACAACAAAAGCUACCUCCCACAGCAGGAGCAACCUGUGGUCAAAGCUGAGAAGGAAGAGCCAAAGAAAGAUGAGGUGCAGCCAAACCGGGAAGAGGACCGAGACAAGAAGUUUUCUCGCCGAGUGACUCACAGCCCUCCACAGUCCAGCUCUCGCUACGGCAGAGACGGCAGAAGAGGAGAUGACCGUAAACGAGACGAUCGCUCCAGGAAGAGGGACUACGACCGCCCCCCGCCCAGGAGGGACUCGUACCGCGAUCGCUACAACCGAAGGCGGGGCCGCAGCCGCAGUUACACCCCCAGCCGCAGUCGCAGCCGAAGCUGGAGCAAAGAGCGUCUCCGAGACCGCGACAGAGAGAGGGACCGGGACCGGGAUCGCAGCCGGAGCCGUAGUCUGAGCAGAACCCGGUCCAGAAGCAGGAGUCGAGACCGGGAUGCAGGAAAGCCGAAGUACGACCACGAGCGAGCCGACCGGUCGGGGAGCGGCGACGUCUACGCCCCCGCCGCCCUGGUUUCCUCCGCUGCCACCUCGCACUUCCCCRUGCCGACGCUCAGCAGCACCAUCACCGUCAUCGCCCCCACCCUCCAUCACAGCAGCAGCACCAACGAGAGCUGGUCCGACUUCCGUCCCGAGCCCCCCGUGGACCGGGUCCUCUUCAGCCGGGGGCCGCCCCCCCAGCCCAGGAAGAGAUGCCGCGACUACGACGAGAAGGGUUUCUGCAUGCGGGGGGACAUGUGUCCCUUCGACCACGGCAGCGACCCGGUCGUCGUGGAGGAYGUCAACCUGCCCAACAUGCUGCCUUUCCAGCCUCCGCCCAUCCCAGGCGUGGACCCUCCGCCUCCGGGACUCCCCCCUCCUCCUCCUCCUCUCAUGAACCCGCCUCCCGUCAACCUUCGGCCCCCUGUGCCCCCUCCAGGCGCCCUCCCACCCAGCCUGCCACCUGUCGCAGGUCCUCCUCCUCCUCUUCCUCCGCUGCAGCCCGCCGGCAUGGACGCUCCUCCCAACUCCAUCCCCAGCGCCGUUCCCACCAUCGUCACCUCGGGGAUUCGCUCGUCGCUUCCCCAGGCUCCUGCGCCGCUCUUCACUCCCGACCGCUACGAYACAGACGUCUACAACCCGGAGGCUCCCAGCAUCACCAACACAUCCAGGCCCGUUUACCGCCACCGGGUCAACGCCCAGAGACCCAACCUAAUYGGCCUCACCAUGGGCGAGGUGGACCAGCCGCAGAGAGACAAGAUUCCCAACAACAGCAUGAGGAUCGUCAUGGAGUCCGAGCACAGGAAGAGGCCGGCCGGUCUCCACGAGGGCGGCCUGCCCUUAAAGAAACCGUGGUUCGACAAGCCCAGUUUCAACAAGCAGAACCAACCGGGCUUCCACAGAAGACCUCAGUUCUCUCCCAACGCAAAGCUGCUGGUUCGGCAGAUUCCCCCCGAGCUCAACAACAUCAGCAGGCUCAACGAACAUUUCAGCAAGUUCGGCACCAUUGUCAACCUGCAGCCUUCAGCCACGUCUCUGAAGCAGUCUGUGAAGGAUCGCCUCGGACCCCUGAUGCCGUCGAACUCCGACGCCCCCCAAGAUUCCAGCGGAGCCUCUCAGAGCUCCUCCAAGGUGUCGGUGAAAGAUCGUUUAGGUUUUUCUGCCAAACCUGCCGCUUCUGUUGAAAAGUCGCAGGUGUUUUCCACGUCCACGGGCCUCACCAAGACCGUUUACUACCCCGCGGCUCUGAAGUCGGUCCAGAGGAGCUCAGAGGGAGGUCUGAAGAAGAAAAUGGAAGCUCUGAAGCUUCAGCAGGACGUGAGGAGGAAGAAGCAGGAAAUACUGGAGAAGCACAUCGAGACGCAGAAGCUCCUGAUCUCCAAGCUGGAGAAGAGCAAAGUGAUGAAGGCAGAAGAUAAAACCACCAUCAUGGAGACUCUGAGCACGUUGACGAAGAGCAUCACCAAACUGCAGGAGGAGAUAAAGGCUCUGUCCAGCGGCAUCACCCCGAUACGAACCAUCAAGAACAAAGCCCAGGCGCAGAAAGAACUGCUGGACACAGAGCUGGACCUGUACCAGAAGACUCAGGCCGGAGAGGACACCGCUCUGUUGAAGAUCAAGUACACCAAGCUCCAGAUCGAGGCGGCCAAACGAGGGCUCCUUUUGCCGGGACGAGGCCGGGGAGUCCACGGUCGAGGCCGCGGCGCCGUCCGGACCCGGKGGUCCAGGGGGAGGGGGAGGGGCGCGCCGCUUUACGCCGUCGUCGACCAUCGACCUCGAGCGCUGGAGAUCUGUGGCUUCACRGAUGCGGACCGCGUGGACCUGCUGCCGCACUUCGCUCAAUUCGGAGAGAUUGAAGACUGCCAGAUGGAUGAAACCAACCUGUCGGCUGUCGUCACGUAUAAGACCAGAGCCGAGGCAGAGCUGGCGGCUCUCCAUGGAGUCAGACUGAACAACCAGACUUUACGUCUGGCCUGGCACAAACCAGCUCCGACCGUCAGCACCGCAGACCAGGAGGAGGAGGAGCCGCCGGAGGAAGAGUACCCAGAGGAGUCUCAGAGCGACGACGCCCUGCUGCAGGACGACGACGAGGAAGACGACGACAACGAGCCUCGCUCCUGGCGCCGAUGAAGCCCGGUGCGACAACGACGACCCAGCUGCUUUCUAACAAUCUGAUGCUCAUUUAGGAUCAAAUGAGACACUUUGUUUUGCUUUGGCUUGACUUUGUUUUUGGUUCUUUUCCUCUUCGUCUAACAAACGUAACUCGUAGAAGAACUUUAGUUUCAUUUUAAUCUGUAAACCAGAUGCAGGAGUUUUUAAUGCUCUUAAUGUAGAAUUAGGUUUUUUUUGUUCUCAGAAUGCAAACAGUUUGUAUGAAGAUGUAAAAGCUGAUUUUGUUUAACUCUGUUUAAAAAAAACCCACUGUUGUAAUUAAAUUGUACAAAAAAUAAAGAAUUGAAAUGGUCUUAAAACAUCCUGCCAACAACAAACAAAAAAAGUACAAAAUGAAAAAAAAACUGUGGCAGUUUUGAAAAAAAGAAAAGAAAAAAAAAACGAGCUUGUUUGAAAAAAGCAGAAAAGACCAUUUCAAAAAACAAAAAAAUCUUCCUGUUCCCCUAAAGAGCUAAUUCCUAAAAAUUCCUCUAUACUCUAUUUUUCACUGAGGUAAGGUAAAUCAAUCACUUACGGUAAGAAAAUAAAACAUUUUCCCAACAAA